AUGGGGAAGAUAGAAUGUUGGUGGGGCAGCUGCAGAGAUCAGAUCAAAGCAUUGUCAACGGUUACAAAGUUGGAGUUUAAUGGUUUUUCCCAGAGGGUUUGUUUAUAUGCAAAGAAGUUGUUGUUUAUAGGUACAAAGAAAGGUAGAUAUGCUGUGAAUAUGUAGGUUCAUUCCUUGUUCUUUCUUCUUGUGAAGAACAAUUAGUUUCUUCAAACACAACAUCACCUCCCCUCACCAAAACAAUCAGAAAUAUUCCAGAUUAUCUUAUCUUUAACAUUAUCUAUAUAGGAUUGAUACCACGAUCCGUCUUCGUCGCGCAAUUCACACCCCCGAUGCAUCUCUCGUGAAACGAAUCCUCAAGUCUCAUCCCAAUCUUCUUCAUAACCCCGAUUUAUCACCUCACGGUCUCUCCAACACAUCUCUCCAUCUUGCCUGCUCCCUCGGCCACCUAGAUGUCGCAUCUCUCCUCCUAUCUCUAGGUCAUGAGUCCCUAUCCAUCUCUCUCAAUGAGGAACAUCAGACGGCUCUCAUGCUCGCCGCCAGCGCCGGGCAUACCGACAUUGUGAAUUUGCUUUGCAUGCAGGGUCCCGCUAUAUCCGGUAUCCUAAGACGGGAUAUGAGAGGUCGAGAUGCUAUUAUGUAUGCCAGUCGUGGAGGUCACGAUACCUGUUUACAGAUUCUUCUUACAUUUGCUGCGGUAUAUAAAGAUCCGAAAGAAGUAUUGGCAAAUUCCGAUGUGGAUGGUAAUACGGCGUUACAUUUUGCGAGCAGUAAUGGACAUAUGUUGGUACUGAGAACAUUACUGGCUGCAGGAGCGGAUGCCGAGAGGAGAAAUGUUUGGAUGUGGACACCAAUUUCCUACAGCUCUACUAUACAAGCAGAAGUAUAUUUCAAAAAGUUGGUGAGUGAAGUUGGGAAGAGGAAGGAGACAAGAGUGGAAGUUAAGGCUAGUUCUUUUCCUGGUUUUGGGAGAGGAGAGAAGAAAGGAGGUGGGGUGAGGAUUGUUGAAGUCGGGGAUGAUUGAUGCAAUUAUGAUACUGCGCGGGGAGGAAGCGGAACCUGAUGAUUGAUGAGCUAAGGAAAAAUAACGAUCAUGAUGAUGUGGAGGGAUCGGAAGGCGAAUGGAGGUAAAUAUGGGACAUGGAGUUGGGAUUUUUGAAAUGGCGAUUGGUUUGAUCAUGGCCUUCUGCGAGAUUUUCUUUGAGCAAAUGUAUAUUUUUGAGAUACUGACCCUUUGUCUUUAAUUACAUGGACUAUAUAUCAUUUCGAAUAUGAAAUUUUUUUCACAGAUGC